AUUAGGUAUAUCAAUCAAAGUGCAUAAGUAUUUCCUGAAAGAAUGCAACAGCAUGUUGUCAAAAUGGCUUCCUUUUUGAUGCUUGUUGUGUUUUUAAGUCUGGUUGUUUUCUCAGUGGCACAAGCAGUUACUGUGGACUGUGGCAAAAACUCUAUGUCUGUGCGAUGGACUGAAGCAAACUCUCAAGUGGAUCUGUCCCUUCUCCGCCUGGGUGGCUGUUCUCCAACCCAGGUUUCUGUAAAACCUCAAGGAUCUGAGGCCAUCUUCUAUGCUGAGUUUGGGGCCUGUGAUAUUCGGAGGAUGGUGACAAUCAAUGAGCUUAUAUAUGAGACUGAGAUCACUUCUACAACGUUGUCAAAAGCGCAACCAAUUUAUUACCCUGUGGCCUGUAAACAUGAAAGGCCAGAAGACUGGGUGCCGCCUCUGUAUGAUCCACUGCUGUUUCAUAUACAUGGCCAGGGAGAUCUGACCUUUCGUAUGGCUCUCAUGAAGGAUGACUUCAGUGGUGUGGCCACUACCACAACGUUCUCACUAGGCACAACAAUCCCAAUUGCUGCUUCAGUUGACCAGAAGACCCAUCAGCCAUUAAUACUGCUCCUAAAUGAAUGUGUGGCUUCCACAACACCAGAAUUGGGUCCAGAUUCUCAAAUUUACCCACUCAUUACCAAUAUGGGGUGUCUGGUAGACAGCAAAAAGACAAAUUCCAGGUUUCUGCCAAGAAACCAGUUGUCAGAGAUCAGGCUAAGUCUUCAAGCUUUCAAGUUUGCCAUCGGACAAGAUGUGUACCUGCAUUGCACGCUUGUGGCAUGGGACCCAAGAGACCUGGGUAGUAGCAAGAAAGCUUGUCAGUAUGACAGGAACAGCUCAAGAUGGGUGUUGUUUGAUGAUCCAUCCCAGAGUUCUCUCUGCAGCUGCUGUGACACAAACUGUCAAGGAAGAAGGAAAAGAGAAAUAACAGCAGAUUCCUUUACUUCAACUUCUGUGCUUGGGCCUCUUGUUAUUAUUGAAAACUAAGGACUGGGUCAUGCCUUAUGGAUUUGACAAGAUGGGUGCCUCCAAACCACUGGAGUUGUUCUGGACGUCCUAAGGGUGGAGCUCUCUACCUGUGCCUGUUCAACUUGUUUCUUGAGAGAAAUAAACAAUUAUAAAGUG